AUGCGUCUCAAAAGAUAUGCAAUACUGACUAUAGCGGAAAUAUUUGCUCUUUUUUCAAUUGUACGUUCUGAUAAGAAUCUGGCUUAUUCCGGAGAUUCAAAAAACAUCGGUUAGCUUCUUAAAAUAACUGUCAAUUCUGUAAAACACAGAUUUCUACGAAAAAACAAAAGUAAUCAGCGAUACAGUUCAAAAGGUGCCUCUUGGAAGAGAUGCAUCCUUUCAGUGCAAAAAUCCAACCUGAAAUGUCUCGAUUUUUCGGUGAGUGCAGUUAGAAAAAAAUUUAUCAACUAUUUUUUUAUGAUAAAUUUCAAAAACUUGGUAGAAUGCGACUUUAAAAAAAUUCUCAUUGUUAAUAGUUGACAUAAUUUCCAAAGAGGGACAAAAAGAGUUACGAAGUUGUGCACGCGAAAAAAGUGCGGGCGCAAAUCGAAAAACUUUUCCAAGGCAAGUGCGACCAAACGAAGAAGCUCUGCAGUUGCCGUGAAUUCAAAAUUUAGGUCAACUUGAAAAUAAAUAAUGACAGUUUACAGGGAAUUUCUGUAAAUAUUCGAAAUAAAAAAGAAAUAAACAUCUUUUUGAUAUUACAGAGCAACAAACUUCGAUCGCAAAAAUGGCCAUAAAAUGGAAAAUUAUUUUAAAAAAAUGAACAAAAAAUCCUGAAAUAAUCUUUAUAUGAUAAGUAAGCCCAUUGGGAACCAAAAAAUUUGAAACGUAGAAUUUAAAGAAGCUAAAAUAAGAAAAAAUACUACUUCCACUUGGCAACGGAUCGUUAUAUUUCCGUUUAAAACAUCUUUUAAAAGUAGACAGGAGCACUAAGUAGCAUUAUAGGAGCUUUAAAAAAAAUGUAUUUUUAAAUGAUUAUUUUGAAGAAAAAGCGAAAAAAGAAGAAGCAAAAUCCACACGAACGCGCAAAAGGUCACUGAGCGCGCCACUUAAAUGCGCCCUCAAGUGGUUUAAAAAGUUCAUUAGCGCAAAAUAGACGCAAUUUUUUUGUGAAAAUUUUGAAUUUUUUUGAAUUAUCGGUAAAUUUUAGGUUUUCUUCAUUUUUUCCACUUAUUUUGUUGUGCAGUGGGUGUAUUUCAAAUUUAUUCAUGACAUAGUUUAUUUGUUGCAGAGUUUGAAUGGAUAAAAAAAAUUUUCUAUGUGAAAUAUUUAUUAAUUUUUGUUUGUUUUUAGAAAAACAAACCAUUCUGGACGGUACGCUCUGUAAUCUCUCCGAAUCAAGUGGUUUUUCAAAAUCCACAAGUAGCGUCAGAUACGAAUGGGUAUGCUUCAGAAAGAAUUUCGAAACUGCUCACGUUUAUUUUUCAGGGAAGGUAGAUUUCGAACUUCGGUGGAAGGAGACUGGCUUUAUGCGUUUGGACUACAGCAGAUACACGACGGGACGAUUCUCGAAUGUUGGCUUCCUAUUGAUUCCGCCAACACAACUUUUGCGAUCAGUAGAACUCGGAUUGGUUCGAACUUUCAGGAAAAUUUAUUAAUUUCGGAAGUUUUCAGAGAUUCAAAAUUGCAGCACCGAGUCUUCAAAUCCGUGAGUGCUUGCUGAUUUGAUAUUCGUUGAAUUGAUAAAAUUCAGGUGUCAAUAUGGCAAAUGCAUAAUCGAAAACGGAAGUUUCUCCAAAUUAUCUUGUCUGUGCUUCGUUCAAUACACCGGCUUCUUCUGUGAAAGUUGAUUACUACAUUUUGAGGAAAAAAAAAAGGGAAGAAACUUUCAGAAAUGGUAGAUGGUGCGACUUUUUAUGAAGCAAUGUUCAUUCUGCCGUUGAUCCUCUUUUUUCCGGCUCUUUUGCUCGUCGUGAUUUUUCUGUAUUCUCCAGAAGCGGCUCGAAACGCUGAAGCUACUGGGUAAGUUUAAUAUAUAGGUCCAAAAAUAGAAGAACUUUUUUGCUGCCUCUUGGCGCCAUUUCAUCGGCUAUUAUGCACUAUUUUUGCUGGCACCCCUUUUUUUCAACAUUUUUUGAGCCUUCGAAAUUCCAUAAAAAAAUAAAAUUAUCAAGCAAGGGACUCGUUUUGCUGCCUUUCUAGGGUCUUUUUUGAGCCUUUUAGCGGUCAUUAUCCACCAAUCUGACUUUGAGGCUAUUUUUCUCACUGAAUAGUUUUGAAACCCAGCGAUUUUUUAGACCUAUUAGGAGUGAGGGUGUCUUAGAGUACCCGAAGUAAAAAAUUCUGCCAUUGUUCGUACUAUUUUUGGCGGAAAAGAGCCUAAAUAGACUAGGCUUUAUCAAAAAUCUCAAUAUUGAGAAAAUCUUCUUACAGCCCGGCGAAGGUCCUAUUGCUCACGCAGCACAUUGUGUCCCACGAUCGAUCCUUGGUUUCGAAAAAAGAGCUCUUCGACUGUUUCCUGACUUCUCCGGACGAGAAACGGAUCGCCAUCCCCGUCUCGUUCCUGACGCCAACUUCGAUCGCACCAGAUGGAAUCACGUCCUUCAGAAACACUCCCACGUCCUCAGGCACCGUCGUCAAUUUGUCUUUGGAGCAUAGCCCAGUAACUGUGAACGAGCCACCGAAAAUCAUUCCAAAAGAGCGGAAAUCCUCUUCGACCAAGAAAAAGAAAGCUGGUUCCGGUCCGCCCAGCGAUGAUACCAAGUCCUCUCCGGCUCCAAAGUCCAGCCCCGACCCAUCUCGACCUCCGAAACAGGGAAAGGCACCACCGAAGUCUUCUUAG